AUGACAAGAUAUACAAAGCUCGAUGGAAGGCGGUCGCUCGCCAAGAAGACCGUUGAUUCGGAUAGCGAGCCCGAGAUCAAUUCCACACCGGUAGCUUCUCCCGCCAAAGUAGAGAUGCAGCCUUCCGAACCUACCGAGUCUCCCUCAAAGGAGAGCAAGAAGAAGGAUAAGAAGGAAAAGAAGGAAAAGAAGGAAAAGAAGGACAAGAAAGACAAGAAGGACAGGAAGAACAAGAGCGAGGAAACUGACUCCACAGAAUCCACCACCGAAAAGGCAGAUGCUGAGUCGACCGAACCCGUUGCAUCCACUUCCGCCUCCGCCACUACCACCAAUGAAGCCGAAGAGAAGGCCGCAGCCGAUGCUGAAACACCAACAGUAGAAAAACUCCUCAAACGAGCCAAACUUCUCAAACUCAAAGCCAAAAAGGCCAAGAAGGAAGAAAGCAAGAAGAGGUUCCAAAAGAUGACGCGCGAUAUUGAACGACAAGUCGAGCAGAUGUUUGGAUCGUUCGAAUACGGACCCAAAGGUCAACUGAUCCGUUUGGGUGCACCACAAUCAGAUACCAUGUGGCAGUCUAGGCAGAAGGAUGUUUGGUCGGCUCCCACCCACCCUCACUCCCAUAAUGGCUCCAGUAUAGGCGGUGAUGGAGGAUGGGGCGCUCGCGGAGGCAACCCUACCAACACCUACAGGAACGGCCAGAGCAACGGUGAUAGCUGGAACAACAAAACAGAUGAAGAGAAAAGAAUGGAUCGCCGCGAUGUGCGUCGAGAGGAACGAGCAGAACAACGUCAAUCCAAACUGAAAUGUUUCGCUUGUCGUGGAAUGGGUCAUUCCGCCAAAGACUGUCCAAACGCUCUCGAUGCCCAAUCCAUCUCUCUGAAGAAGUCGGACGACACUUCAGGCGAUAGACCCAUGAUCGGUCGUGAUGCAGUGGGAAUCUGCUUCCGCUGUGGAUCUACGGAACACACACUCUCUAAGUGCCGCAAAGCUGCAAUGAAGAACGACGAACUUCCUUACGCCACUUGUUUCAUCUGUCAUUCCAAAGGUCACCUUUCUUCAAAGUGCCCUCACAAUGCAGGUAGGGGUGUGUACCCCGAAGGAGGAAGCUGUAAACUUUGCAGCUCCGUGGAGCACUUGGCGAAGGACUGUCCACUAGCGUUGAGGAACGAGGGCAAGAGCAAAAAGAAUGAUCCAGAGGCAAACAAGUUGGUCAACCAGGUUAUUGUUGGAUCGACAAAGGAGGAGAGAGGAUUGGGUGGAGAUGAGGAUGAUUUCCAUAACUUUGCUAGGAAGAGAGCACAGGUUGAGAUUGAGGGCAAAUCGGCGUCGGGGGAGAAGAGUGCGAAGAAGCAGAAGAGUGGGGCCAAGGUUGUUUCUUUCUGA